UUUGUUUUUAACUUUAUACUUUUUUUUAUUUUGUUGUUGUGAGCCACCUCAAGCAGAAUUGCACUGGAGGGGUGGGAAGUAAAUAUUAUAAAAAAAUAAAAUGAGUUAUCUAGCCCAUAUCGCAAGAUCUAAGAUCUGGAGAGGCCUAUGCCAAUUUCUUAUCCCCAUAUUGCUCACUUAUGAGGAUGAAUAAUUGGCAACCGUGUAAUGUGAUGUAGUCCACUGUUUACAUCCCCAUAUUGCAGAAUGGGAGGCUGAAAGAGAGAGAGGCUUAUGACAAACAAUACUGCAGUAUUGUCCAGUAUGUUCAUAGUACAGACUGAAAUGAAAUUACAGCUACCCUCUUUGAUCCUCACAUUUCAGUUGGGAGCUGGAAAUGAUAGUGGUUUAAUAAAGGCUUUAAGAACUUUGAGAAGAGAGCUGGUCUUGUGGUAGCAAAUAUGACUUGUCCGCUUAGCUAAGCAGUGUCCAUCCUGGUUGCAUAUGAGUGGGAGACUUGAUGUAUAAGCACUGUUAGAUAUCCCCCACAGGGGAUGGAGCCGCUCUGGGAGGAGCAGAAGGUUCCAAGUUCCCUCCCUAGCAUCUCCAAGACAGGACAGAGAGAUUCCUGCCUGCAACCUUGGAGAAGCCACUGCCAGUCUGUGUAGACAACACUGAGCUAGAUGGACCUAGGGUCUGACUCAGUAUAUGGCAGCUUCCUUCCACUUCCUUGAUCUUUAUUGGUGAAAGACUGUGCCACAGACACUGCAAAACUAGGCAGAAAACAUCUGUUAUUAAGAUGGAGGCAGUCGUCGGAACAAUUACCUAGUAAGUUAUGCUGAUGUUGCAAGUGAACUCAUUUCUCUUAACAAUGUCUUUAAGUCCCUAAAUCGCCUAAAAUAACCACACAUUCCUGUUGAAAACUGGGUAACAUGAGUACAGCAAAAUAUAUCCUACUCAAAAAAAUAUGGAUUACAGGAAAGGUAAAUCAAGUGGAAUUGCCACCUCCAUCGUUUCUUCAAAAAAAGACAAAGCCAGCUUUCAGCUAAAGUGUAGGCGUCUUGUGCUCUAGUCGCUUUGCAAACACGUUGGGGCUUUCACCACUCAUCACCACUUAAAAUGGAGAUCAAUACAAACCGGAAACGGAAUGUUUUUGCUACUCUAGACUUUCUCCGCUGUCUAUGUGGCUCGUGAUGGGGCUAAGCAAGGUUCUCGGGCAAGAGGCGGGGUCCCAGAGGAGGGCCGGGCUCUCUGGAAGGAGGGCGCAGAAAAUGGCAGAGACGGAGGCUCAGCUGCUGUUGGGUGUGGGACUGAUUGAAAAAGACACCAAUGGAGAUGCUCUGUGGGUCUGGUGUUACCCUUCUACAUCAGCUGAACGAAGGAAUCUCUUGUUAAGAAAAUGCUGCCUUACAGAUGAAAACAAAGAGCUUCACACUUUUGUAUUUGGGCAGUACAGACUGACGUGGUUCUAUGUUACAACCAUGGAAGUUACAGAUUCUUCAACAUUGAACAAGGUCACCCAUUUUUCCAUUGUCCUGACAACCAAAGACUUUAACCCAGAGAAAUACGCGGCCUUCACUAGGAUACUCUGUAGAAUAUACCUGAAAUAUGGGAGUCCUGUGAAAAUGAUGGAGAGCUAUAUUUCUGUUCUUACAAAGGGCAUCUGCCAGAGUGAAGAAAAUGGGUCUUUUCUCAGCAAAGAUUUUGAUGUCAGAAAAGCUUAUCUUGCAGGCUCGAUCAAAGAUAUAAUAUCUCAAUUUGGAAUGGAGACAGUAAUCCUCUAUACUGCACUCAUGUUAAAGAAAAGAAUUGUAGUGUAUCAUCCUAGAACAGAAGCCAUCCAGGAAUUUACAAGAACUCUACCUGCCUUAGUGUGGCAUCGGCAAGAUUGGUCAAUCCUUCAUUCAUACGUACAUCUAAAUGAUGAUGAACUGGAAGCACUGAAAAUGUGCCCAGGUUACAUUGCUGGAUUUAUAGACUCUGAAGUGAGCAACAGACCAGACCUCUAUGAUGUAUAUGUGAAUUUGGCUGAAAAUGAAAUCACCAUUUCUCAACAAGCAAAAGAGGCAAUGACAAUGGGGAAAUUGCACAAGGAAAUUGGUCAACUCAUUGUUCAGUCUGCAGAAGAUCCAGACAAAUCUAACAGCCAAGUUGUUAAGGAUAUUUCACAGAAGACGAAAGAAAUUUUGUCAAAUCUUGCCUCGUUCACAGAGGUCUUGCAUGAUGGUGAGAAGCCAUCACUUAAUUUUGAAGCACUGAAACAGAAGCGAUUUCCACCAGCAACUGAGAACUUCCUUUAUCAUCUGGCAGCUGCUGAACAAAUGCUUAAGAUCUGAUGUCUUGGAUGAACAGCAGAAUAGCACUUAAAAAACAAACUUUAAUACAAUGAGUAUCCCAUACAUGUGUAAAGCAUUCUACAUAGGAAAGAAUAUCUUCAAGGAUAUGGUAAAGAUAAGUCUUCAGGUGGACCACCUAAGUGCAUCGUAGGAUACACUUCUGUUUUUCCAUUCCCUGACUUGUUCUAUAAAAAUAGGGCAGAUUUUCACAGCCAAAAUGGCAGCUUUAUCUACUGUUCUUCCUACAAAAGCAGUGAGGGCAUGGCUAUCUCAAGCUAAAAGCAUUACCUUGUGCAUUCAGGUGGAAGAACAUAGUAUAGACAAACAGGACUUUUUUUAAAAAAAAAAACCCUGGACAUCUGAAAGCCUGGCAAGAUUAAAGGUUUUUUGUAACUGUUCAUAUCCAGUAGCCACCCUGAGGCCAGCUUUGUCUUCUCUUCUGGAGAGACUUAAGUGCUAAACUGUUUUACACAGAUGUGUAUCUAAAGCACCUCAUUGGUGGCUGCUUUUAAGGAAAAACAGCAGCAGGAAGGGAUGACUGGACACCUGUCACAGAGGGGCAUGUUGCAACUGGCUCCAGAUACUUAUUUGAGAGGAUUAAACAUGCAGCUGAAUCCCACCCCACAGAAUGGAUAUUAGUUGGGAAGCCAAGUGUUAAUUGUAUCUGUAAACAGCUGCUACUUAUUUCCUGUAAAAUUCUCCUACUGAAAUCAUGUUUCCCUUGAAGCAGCAAUUUGAAUACAGUACAUAUGUGUGGUGUAACAUGGAACUUAGCCCUUUACAUUCUUUAAUUCAAAGUACAGAUAUUAUAAACAAAACUACUGAAAAGUCUCUGCCACAGCACUUUGCUAUAUGUACCUUUUCAUCACCUGUCCCCCUCUAACCUUUAACAGUAUGCCUUAGCAUAUGAUAGAUCAUAUAUUUAAACUUUUUAAAUUGUUUUAAAAAGGGGGGGGUAAGAUCCUUAUUUCUAAUACUUUUGAAAUAUAAAUUUUGAAAUGAUUAUCCAACAAUCACUGAUGUAUGCUAGCAAUAUUAAUUUCAGAAACAGUAUUUCUACUAAGGAAUCUAGACUUAGUUAUAGUAUGGAGAGUACCAAGAUUGACGAUUACAUAAAAAAUUAGUACUAAUGUGUUUGAACUUGACUACUGCUCCCCUAUUUUCAGGAGUGUCAUUUCUCUUUAUAUAAUUUUUUCAGUACAUCUCAAAGCCAACUUUUUAAAUUUUGGUUUGACUAAUUUUGCUUUUAAAGCUUUUAAGACUAACAAAGUAACACAUUCAUUAUGUAGAUGAAGUACUGUGUAUUUCUCCUCUCAGUAGCAUUUUAAACAAAAAAAACCCCUCAUUGUAAACAUGAUACCUGCACAGCAUUCCAAGCACCUAAAAAGCCCAGGCAACCCAGUUGAAACAAUGCCAAUCAUGGGAUACUACACAAGUUUUUUUAUAUACCUCUCAUGUUUAAGUUAGCCCAUAAGUAUGUAGUUGCAAAGGAGAGAGGGAGGAGAACAAAAUAUUAACUGUUCCGGCAAGGGCUUUUGUUCUCUGCAAGCAUGAGUUUAACAAUCUCUGGAAGCAACUUUGUAGGAAUAUAGGUAUAUCUUAGCCUCUGCUCAAAGUACAUAGUUUACAUAAUUUAAAAAGGGUUGUCUCUGAUUCAAUACUAUAUCUACCUCAAGGAGGGCUAAUUCCUUUUUUCUUUCCCCAAAUGAAUAGCUGUUAGAGGGGAUCUUGGUAAUAUUUGACUUCUAACCCUUCAAAGACAUGUAUAGUACCCUGUACCCCUUAAAAUAUUCAGCACUCUAAAAGAAUAUGCAGCCAUGCCCAACAGUUGCUUAUAUUCAUUGUAAUGUGCAAUGCUGCAUAUACAGAUUCAACUAUGGAUUGAGAUAUUAAACUGAGCCCUCCACUGA